AAGUAGCUUCCGAAGACACCUUCUAAAAGUUUAAAGUUCUUUUCCUGGAUGAGUGGAUGUGCCAAAGAACAGAUAAAAAUGAGCGGUCUUGGAACAAAACCAAGCGACAAAAAAUAUCCUGGCUUUUCGCAAGAAAAGGAGGGGAAAUGGACGGGACCUUUCCUAUUUAUACACGGUGCUGAUACCCAGCUGGGCCUAAAAGAUAAUUGGAAUAAGGUUCCAGAGGAAAAUCAAAAUUGGCAAGACGAAAUUGAACUGACAAAACUUGCCAUUAGAUGUGCCAAUGAACUUCGACCCAGGCCGAGAUUUUUUGUUGUCUGCGGUGAUAUGAUUGAUGCUUUUCCAGGCACAAGAAAUUAUGAGGCACAGUUUGCAGAUUUUAAGAGAGCAUUCCAGCAGUUGGACCCUGAGAUACCAUUGGUUUGUGUCUGUGGCAACCAUGAUAUUGGCGACCAACCCACUGUUGAGAGCAUCACUAAAUAUAGAAGCAAUUAUGGCGAUGAUUAUUACAGUUUUUGGGUUGGAGGUACAUUAUUUAUCGUCUUGAACAGCCAGUAUUAUAAAGAUAGCACUUUGGUGGAUGACAUGAAAAAUGAUCAUGAUUUGUGGCUUGAUGAGCAAUUAAAACUGGCAAAAACUGCCAAGCACACAGUUGUUUUCCAACACAUUCCAUGGUUUUUGAAGAGUGUUGAAGAACAAGAUGAAUACUUUAACCUGUGUAAGAAGGACAGAGUAGAAAUUCUAGAAAAGUUAAAAGAUGCUGGUGUGAAAUAUGUGUUUGCAGGACAUUAUCAUAGAAAUGCUGGAGGUUUUGAUGGUGAUUUAGAAAUGAUUGUUACCAGUGCAAUAGGGUUUCCACUCGGCAAAGAUAAACGAGGAAUGCGUGUGGUUAGUGUUAAAGAGAGUGAAAUUCAGCAUACCUUUGAACAUUUAGAUAAUUUUCCCAAAAAUGUAGAAUUGUAAUAAAAUUUGAACAGAUCUUCAUAGUUGACUUGGGUUGUGUUGUAUAUAAAUUUAAUGUAAUAAUUCAUUUAGUAAAUAAAAUGCAUUUGCAAAUGA